GCACCUAAAGCAGAGGGUGCAGGGGCCAGUCCGUAUCACCUCACCCAGUUAGUCUCAGAAGACUGAGGAGAGAGAGAGAGAUCUUAAAGAGGGACUGUCUGGAGUCUUGUAGGCUGUUGUGACUGUCUGAGAGAGCUACCUACUCAAGGCUGGUUGAUCUGGUUUGCAAAGAAUCUUGUUGGGCUGACCAACAGAGGGCAGUGUGAGAUUUGAACAAUCCUACAUUCCUCCGGUCUCCUCAGGUCCUCGCUGUUUGUCUGCAGUCAGAAUCACCCCUCUGACAAGCAUGAAAGGCUCUCCUGACCUAAUUCCGGCUGCAGAGCUGGACCCUACAAGGGUGUGUAAAGGGAAGGGGGUCGUGACUCUGAGGGCCACUCUGGUCCACAUAGACGACGAGGACUGCGUCAGUAAAGAAUCCAACGUCGAAACAGCACCAAGUAGUUGGAUCGGCCAGAUCAAUGGAGACAGCUCUCUAACAGGAUUGGCUGAGGGAUGCUUCCACGACAUCACAGCUGAUUUACCUACAGUCAACAGAACUCAACCCCAGGGAAGUUCUCCUAUGAGCACAGAAGAACGCCAGUUUCUUGCCUUUGACAUUCAGAACCAUAUUACAUCGACAAAGGCUCCCUCUGCCUACCCAUCCACCACCAAAACGGUCAACCCAACCAUAGUUCUGUUACAACACAACAGAGACCCCACCCCAGAGAGGGACAAAUUGUCUGAUCCAGGACCUGUAGUUGGGGCAGAGAGAGAACAGAGCCAACACCCAGAUAUGGACGGCAAGAGGAUGAGGUUCUCACAAUCCCCUGUCUUGAGCCCACUGAACCAGCCCAACCUGCCAGUACGGAACACAGAGAAGUCCAAGGACUGGUACAAGAACAUGUUUAAACAAAUACACCGAAUUCCAGAACCUGUUGAGGAAAACCCAUACCGCCCCACCUACAUAUUCCCUGAAUUCUAUGAUCCUAGACAGAUGAAAACCACAGAUGAUGGUCCCUCCCCCUACGGUUUUGUGGAAGAUGUGAAAGGGGUCCCACGGUCAAAAAGUGCUGCUGAAGUUGACCAUAGGUUGUCUAUGCCAGUGCCAACCCGGUCCUCCUCCCUCAAACCUUCCAAAAGGAACGAGUGGGAGCCCCCUGACAAAAAGGUAGACACCAGGAAGUACCGUGCCGAGCCCAAAAGCAUCUUCGAGUACGAGCCGGGAAAAUCAUCGGUGCUGAAACUGGAGAGAAAGACUCAGGUCAUAAGUCCAGAAGAUGUACAUUUAGAGAAUGAGCCUUGGUAUAGAUUCUUUUCAGAGAUGGAUUUUGAUGAAGCGAGUGCCCCCUCUUUUAGCCCCCUGGAAACACCCGCCGAACUACAGCAGUACUCCGGGUGUAAGGCCGGACACAGCGAGGUGGAGAAGGACGAAGGAUCAUCCAGUGGCGAGCCAGCGGCUCCAGAAUGUGACCGCCAUGUUUACAAGAGCGUCCUGGAGGGCGGCGACAUUCCCCUGCAAGGUCUGCGGGCCAUCAACAAGCGCCAUGCCAGCACCUCCUCCAAAGAUUCAGAGUCCUUGACCCAAGGAGACCUUGGUGACGGACUGGAUGAGGUGGUCAGGAGACGCCAUGGAGAUAAAGAGAAAAUUUUGGAAGAGCAACGGCGGCUGAAGAGGGAGCAGGAGGAGGCUGACACAGCAUCGAGGCGACACACGGGAAUUGUUCCCACCCACCAUCAGUUCAUCACUAACGAACGUUUCGGAGACCUGCUCAACAUCAACAUCAAUGACGCAGACAAGAGGAAAUCCGGAUCAGAGAGAACUCCAGCCCUGGCUCGGUUUGACUUCAGAGCGGAGACUCUAAAGGAGUUACCAUUUCAAAAGGGAGACAUUGUGUACAUCAUUCGACAGGUGGAUAAUAAUUGGUUUGAAGGGGAGCAUCACGGCAGAGUUGGCAUCUUCCCGCGGAGUUAUGUUGAGCUCCUUCCCCCCACGGAGAAGGCCCAGCCAAAGAAGAGUGCCCCAGUGCAGGUGCUGGAGUAUGGAGAGGCCAUUGCACGCUUCAACUUUACAGGGGACACGGUGGUGGAGAUGUCAUUCAGAAAGGGAGAGAGGAUCAUCCUGAUUCGCAGGGUCGAUGAGAACUGGUACGAGGGCAAAGUCUCUGGCACCAAUCGCCAGGGUAUAUUCCCAGUCACCUACAUAGAGGUGCACAAACGACCCAGAGUAAAGAAUGGAUUGGAUUACCCAGACCCCCCCAUUGGCCAAUCACCUCACCGCAGCCUCAAUGCUUCCCCUCAGCUGAACCGUGUCCGUAACAACCGGCUCACCACAUCCCCCCUGCCCCUCCCCCGCUCCCCCCGCCGCUCUGUGUCCCCCGAGGUCCAUGCCAUCUCCUCUGAGUGGAUCUCCCUGACCAUAGGGGGUGCCAGCCCCCCCACUGCCCCCACCCCUCCUCUACCCCCGCUCCCCUCUGUGUCUUACCGCUGGGGCGAGUACCUGCCCCCCUCUAAGUCUGCCAGCCCCGUGCCCCCCAUCUGUGGCAGCCCCUAUUGCAUCUCCCCCAUGGCCUCCCCCUCCGCCUCCCCCCUGCCCCCGCCCUACCCGCCCCGCCCUGGCUCGGCCACCCCUUUCCUCACCUUCACCCCGCCCCAGGGGGAGGACUUCCUGCUUUCCCCUCCCUCUCCUCGUCUGUCCCGCAGCCUGAGCCCCUGUGGAGGGGCGGGCCUGGAGAGCUGGUUGACAGGGGCCAGCCCCUUGAGCAUCCUGGAGAGGGAGUUGAUGGAGGGGGAGGGGGCAGAGGGAGACAGGGGCACUGGCCGCGAAGCCCUGGGCAGCUGGCGAAAUAGCCCUGCAGAGCUGCUGAAGAAUGACAGUGACUACCAUGGAAGAACCUCCAGAAGCCCUGUCAUGUUGUUUGACAUUCAGGACAACAACAUGAAUGCAAACUCAUUCACGGAGGCGGUGUGUAAUGAGAUCAUGAAUAUAGCCGAGACCUCGGUGAGGUACUGCAGCACCCUCUCCCCCCACCCCAAUGACUCUGUCCUCCACAGACUCCUGCCCCCCCUUCACCCCAGUAAACAAUCUCUCAUCAUUUCCCAGCAACCCCAGUCCCACAGCAGCAGCCCGGAGCCAAGCCGUCUCAGCUGUGGAAUUUUCCAGGCUUUGUACAGUUAUGUGCCACAGAAUGAAGAUGAGCUGGAGCUGCAGGAGGGAGAUCUUGUCAGUGUCAUGGAGAAGUGCGAUGAUGGCUGGUUUGUUGGUACCUCGAAGAGGACAAAACAGUUUGGCACGUUUCCAGGAAAUUACGUAAAAGAGGUCAACUUAUAACCUGUCAACAAACAUUUAUAGUGUGAGGAGAACCUAGCUCUAACCCUUGGUUGCCUGUUGAGUGUUGGGAAAUAAUUACUAUUACUCUUGACUCUUUAAAUUAGGACAGUUAUUUAGUCAAGUGAAUAUGUUUGUCUAAUGUAAGUGAUCAGUUUGGUCUGAGGUAUGUUAAGGUGCAUGAGGUGACAAUAGGAGAAAGCUAGCUGUUGACACUCUGCCCAAUCGUCAGUGUGGUGUACACAUACCCUAACCACGUCCUGCACAGUACAUGGCUGAAUUUAUCAUAUGAUAUUCUAACAAUGGAAUUUUUUGUAAAACAAUUCAAUGUCACACACUGCAGCAUACACUGAGUGUACAAAACAUUAGGAACACCUUCCUAAUAUUGAGUUGCACCCUCCUUUACCCUCAAAACAGCCUCAAUUCAUCGGGGCAUGGACUCAAAGUGUCAAAAGCGUUCCACAGGAAUGCUGGCCCAUGUUGACUCCAAUGCUUCCCACAAGUGUGUCAAGUUGGCUGGAUGUCUAUUGGGUUGUGGACUAUGCUUGAUACACACAGGAAACUGUUGAGCUUGAAAAACCCACCAUUGUUGCAGUUCUUGACACACUCAAACCGGUGCGACUGGCACCUACUACCAUACCCCGUUCAAAGGCACUUAAAUCUUUUGUCUUGCCCAUUCACCCCCUGAAUAGCACACAUACACAAUCCAUAUCUCAACUGUCUCAAGGCUUAAAAAUCUUUCUUUAACCUGUCUCAUCCCCUUCAUCUACACUGAUUUAAGGUGGAUUUAACAAGUGACAUAAGGGAUCAUAGGUUUUACCUGGAUUCACCUGGUCAGUCUGUCAUGGAAAGAGCAGGUUUUCCUAAUGUUUUGUACACGGUAUAUUCUUAUACAGUAGGUAUAGUACUUGCGGUGUGUCCUAGUGAUUUGUUAACUACUAUACAAAGUAUUUUUGAAGCACAUGAAUGUCUAUCUAUAUGAGGGGGCAGUAGCAGAGCAGUUUAUGGAUCAAGAGAGCGGUUCUUACAACCUCCAUGAUGGAUCAGGAGGGCUCAAAUGUGUAGUUGCUGCACUAGAGAAAUAGGAGCUGUUAUUCAUCAGCUACCUUCCAGGACCUAUGUUGGGAAAAGUUGUUUUAUUUAACGUUGAAUGCAGAUAUAUUUGAAGGUUGACAUGACUUGCUAAGCUGUCUAGAAUACCAUUUUCUUUCUAGGAAAACCCAUGUAGUGUUUGGUUGGACAUACCAUGAAGGUACCAACCUAUAUGUGAUGGCAUAUACUUGGACCGUGUCCAACAGACCAUAUUCCUUGGGUUUAAAUUUCAAAAACCCAUUGACCUGACAGCGAACUUAAAGCAACAAAUUUAUAGGCCUGCUAUAUUGUGUAUCAUCGUGGAAUGGCUUGAUUUUGUUAGCUCAGAAGGCACUAAAAGUUAGAAAGCUAUGUUUGUGACAAUGUUAGGCUUGUAGUCUUUAUAAAAAAUUGCAGAACACUCUUACCUCGGUGUAGUCCAAAAGCUUCCAAUGCCAUUUUAGUAUUGCCUCUGGUUUCUAUUCAAGGUCUGUACUAUAAUUCGAGCACGUUCAUCUGCAUGAUAGAAAUCCCAAUGAUCAAACAUAUUAGCUAAGCUUUCUGUCAGAUGAAGUAAUGAAUGCAAUCAGGAAGACUGGCUGUGCUAUGUAUGUACCUGAUGAAGAUAGCUCGUGUGUGUGUGUAUGAGCUAAUGGGUGAGUGUGCGUGAUCUUCUGUGAUUCCUGUGAGGUAGCUGGUGGCAGACAGCUGCCUAAACUAGACUGGCUCCAGUGGAACCACAGGACAAGGCGUGGUAUGCCACUUUUUUUUAAGCACUUAACUGUAUCAAUAGCUAGGUUUCCAUCCAAUUGGCGAUAGAUUUGAAUGUGAAUAUUCGACAAUCCGCAUAAAAACAUAUAUGCACAUUUUCCCACCAGGGAUGUGUUUGAAUCAAAUGGACUUGUUGUGGAGAAAAGGCUCUGCGUGAUGACGUAGUGCACAUAAAUAUAGCUUUUUGCGGUCAAAUUCCCAUGCCCCAAAAAAGUGAAGUGUGUUACCAUCGCAUUUUCAAAGCUACUGAUGGUUUUGUCACAAGAAUGUUGUGUUAUAUAGAGAAUAUGCCCACUCUGGUCUUGGCACGUGCGCUUUUAGCCAACAGUUCACAUAUAGAGUGCGGGUAAGCUAGUCUACAUUAUGUGAUUAUUUGAAUUGUCAAACAGCAGCCAAGCAUCAAUUAUCAUGUCACUAGAAUAUUUAUUUGGAAUGGAGCAUUAAGCUCAUCUCCUUGCACUUUCACCACCCUGUGAAGUUUAUGAUAACUUAUUCAAUCUAUAGCUUAAUAAACUGCAUGUUUUCCCGAGUUGUAGUGGGACGACCACACAACAUAUCACAUGACUCCCAAGUUAACUUCAAUAUGAUAUUAUAUCAAUAUUUUCUUAUUAAAAGGUAUUUCCACCGCCAUUUCAUGCAUAAUUAAUUUGACUAACAACAACAACAACAACAAAAAACAUUGGAAAGUUUAGCGACAAAUAAUUUUGUAUUUUAUCCGACAUGUAAUUUUCUUCACAUUAAAAAGGUUAGUGCCAUCAUUAUUUUGAGGUCUAGGCACAACAAGAAAAACAUGACUAAUUAUCUUUGAGCGGGACUACUCCCUUGAGGAAGAUUGCUUUGAAAUCUGAUAUCAAAGCAUCGAAGCAGUCUUUUUGUGAGGACAGAGGUCCCCAAUUUCAAAGCUUCAUCAGAUUUGUAAACUGGUAAAAGGCAUGCACCAUGUCAGAAUACUGAAUAUUCUGAAAACUUGGUAGAUUGAAAAAAGGAUGCCUUAUGUUGUGGCAGCUCUUACUUUCUUCUCUCUUAACUUAGUCAUAUCAAAUUCUUCCUCUUUAUGACUAACUGCUAUGUGUUCUUCAGCGGAAUCCUAAAUGUCAUGAGUGACAGUCUAGGUUCACUAGGCAGUAUAAUUGAAAUUAGAGUAUAUCAGUAAGACUAUCAACAUCUAAAUAGUAUUAUUACCUUUUUUUACAGUAGUAAUACUAAUCUAGUUCCUGGAGUGAUACUGAUUAAGAUUAUUUAUAUGUUACAUAUCUUUAUUUAUCCACUUGAUGAAGUUAGCUACAGUAGUGCAGUGAUGAUUAGCAUUGACCAAAUUGGGACAUGGUCUGGAGUUAUUAAGUGGCUACCCCCUAUCAUGUUACCUUGUGAGAUAUUUAUUCUACAAUGAAGUACAGCUCUGCCUGUUUACUAAUUUGUCUGUUGUACUUGAAAGGAAUAGAAAGCUUCAUUCUGUCAAGCUGUUACAAUGUUUUGUCAUUGACGUGAGACGAUACAACACUCAAACAUCCAACAUAGUUUAUCCCUAGCUUUUUUACAGCCAACAUCCAACAUUGAUGAGAAUAGUCUUGUGUGACAGUUGUUCUUUACCAAACCAGUUACAUUGUGCUGAGUUUGUCUCUAAAUCAUUCAUAUGACUAUCAAGAAGUAUUUUGCGGCAACAGUGAAGCAUAGAGGAGGUGUUCUACUCACAGGCGGUAACUUAAUUGGGAAGGAGGGGCUGUAGUAAUGGCUGGAACGGAAUCAAUGGAGUCGUAUCGAACACAUCAAACAUAUGGUUCUCAUGUGUUUAAUACCAGUCCAUUUACUCCAUUCCAACCAUUAUUAUGAGCCGUCAUCCCCUCAGCAGCCUAAUGUGGUCCGACUGUAUGGCCAUUCAUGUGUUUGUAAGUAGUGUUUCUUACAUUUGGUCUGCUGUACAUAACUGCCAUAACUUAUGUUUCUGAAGGAUAACCUGAGUGGUGGUUGUAUUAUGACUCCGAUGUGAGCUGUUUACCACAUAGAGAUACAGUAUAACACAAUGUGUUCUAUUUAAUUAUGUGGUUCCCCCAUGCUAGCACUUGCACUAUAGAUAUUACCCUUCUCCAACACAGACAUCCGAAGUCAAAACAAAGCUUAUAAGAUCCAGGGACAAUUUAAUAAGGAAAGGUCUGUUCCAUGUCAAACUGGCUGUAUGAUAGACUUUGGCAACAAGCAAUCGCUCUUCUUGUGCUAUCGUAUGAUAGCCUUUACAAGUCAGUGUAGAAUGUUGAUGUGAUAAUGUGCUCCAUGAAACAUCGCAGGAUGUAUGAAUGUAUGAUUGUGGAGUACUGUAUACACACAUUAUGUAAAAAGGAUCCGUGCUUUCAGCUUGAAUUAACAUGUAAACCAUUAAACAGCCUGGCACAAUAAGGAUUGUAAAUAUGUAUAAUAAAGAAGUAUGGAAUCCAAGUGAUGGGAAAAGUCACAUAAAGCUCUAUCAGUUGUUCCAGCUUAUAUACCUGAAUGAUUUUUGGGGGGCAAAGCACAGAGUGAAGAGUUAUUUAGCACAGACAGUUUGAUGCAUAUGAAGUAACAUUACGCUGCCAUUUUUGUGAGGAUCGUAAUGCCUUAUUUCAGAUACAAAUUGUGCCUAAUUUUCAUUUGCUUUUAUUGAUGAUCACAGAAAUGUAUCCAUAUGUCAUAUUUAAGGAUAUUACUAUUGUUUAUACCAUUAGAUGUAGUCCUUGAUGGGAGAAUAGAUGUACUAGGUACCACUACUGUACCAGUACCUUGACUAAAGUGUGACACUGCUUCAAAGAUAUUAUUAAUGAUCAAGGCACUUAACCCUCAUUUGCUCCAGCGGUGCCGUACUACUAUGGUUGACCCUGUAAAACAACACAUUUCACUGCACCUAUCCGGUGUGUGACAAUACUAUAUAUAUUUUUUUUCUUUAGUUUGCCAAGAUGCACAACCUGCAACAGGUUUUGUUUGUUUGCUUUUGUUUUUUGCAGUGCUGUUUCAGUGUCAAUAUUAAAAUGAAGACAACACUAUUUACUGCUGUGAUUUCGGUAUUAUGCAAUAUUUAAAUAAACUAUAUAAAGCAUCCUGAAGUAC